ACCCGUGCCACAACUCAUCAUCAUCCAAAACAAACCUCCCACCAUUCAUCUCUCUCUCUCUCUCUCUCUCUCUCUCUCUCUCUCGGAAGUUCAGUUCUCAGAUCGGCCUCUUCGGAGCUCCUUUACUCUGCGGCAAUGGCGACCGUGCUUGAGACUCUCACUCUUCCUCGCUGCUUCGCUCUGCCUUCCCGUGGCCUCUCUCCGAUGGCCACCUCUUCGGCUUCUUCCCUCGUCGCCCGCCUCGGAUUGCCGCAGUUCAGAGGCCUCAAGGUUGCACAGAGUCUUUCGACUCGGUCUGUAGGAUCGGUGAGUUCUGGGCCGAGUUCGAGAGUCGGUCGUCGUGGUGGAGCUAUCGUGUGCGAGGCUCAGGAAACCGCCGUUGAAGUGGCUGCUGUUAACCAAGCAUCAUGGAAGUCCCUUGUCCUUGAUUCUGAUUUACCCGUCGUUGUUGAAUUCUGGGCCCCGUGGUGCGGGCCUUGCCGUAUGAUUCACCCAAUAGUUGAUGAUUUGGCAAAGCAAUAUGUUGGAAAGGUUAAAUUCUACAAAGUAAAUACAGAUGAUAGCCCCACAAUUGCUACGGAGUAUGGUAUUCGAAGCAUCCCAACUGUGAUCAUGUUCAAGGAUGGUGAGAAGAAAGAUUCAAUUAUUGGUGCUGUUCCGAAAUCCACUUUAACCACAAGCAUAGAGAAAUUCUUGUAGAGGUGGUAAGAAUGCCUUUUGUUAAAUUAAGCUGUACUUGUAUUUUCUUUUUAAAUCUUAUUUAUGUCAGAUUUCAACUCUAGCUACUUUGCUUUCUUAAUAAACCAUUAUCUGCUCCUGUACAGUGAUUUGAUCCAGUUGUAUUUUCUGUUUCUUAAUAUGGUAGUUACCUAUAGGAUUUGUCGACCAAAAGUCUCACUCUCAAGGUUAUUCUGUUAAUAAAUUACCUUGGUGACUGCUUCUGAUCCUUUUAUAUUU